AUGGCAGAAGGACAAUCACGCGCCAGCAUACCAUUGAUCCCCGUCCCGACUCAACAAUUGCCCAUCGAGCAAAGCAGCAACCACUCGCCUUCAAAUACGAGUCACACCCUCUCGCAGCAUCAGUCGAGCCCACCGAACAACGAAAAUCUAGCGCAAAGCUCUUAUGAUGAAGAGUUGGACCAUUUUGGGCACCCAACGUCUGGAGCCUUUGGCCAAGUCAGUCACCAGCACCAUGGAAACCUCUCGUCUCCUCAGCAUGGCCCGCAACAGCCGAUCAAUGCAGCAUACGCCUUUAGCGUGCCUCACCAAGUCCACCCCGAUCUUCGAGAAUGGAUUUCGACAUGGCUGAAGACACAAACAUUGCUGCCUCUCGGCCUUCUGACGCUCGCCAUUAUUGCAGCAAUUGUCGGCCUGAUUGUUGGGAACGAGCGCAAUGAUGGCAUUGCCUUCGUCAACCUGGAGCAGCGCAAAGGCCCUCAGUUGGUUCCGGAUCUUCGUAUUGGCAUUGGGCUGUUGUGGACUUUUGUCCCAGUACUCAUCUUCCAGCUGUACGGGCUUCUCGUUGACAGCGUCAUCAAUGCUGCCUUAGAUCGGCAGCCCUACGUUGAACUCAACCGCGAAAAGAGCUCCAUUGGCGCGCCCGCGGAAAAGUCGGUCUGUCUCGAAUACCGCUCGCAUUGGGUUCCAGCCGGCAUGUACAAAGCGCUGCAGCUCAACCACUAUACCUUGUUUGGCUGCAUGUGCCUGUCGCUGGUUGUGAAGGUCGUGCUCUCACCAAUAGCCUCGCACCUCUUCUUUACAAGUUCCACCACAGUAUCGAAGGGCACUGAUCUUCGGCAAACCAGCAUCUUCGAUUACUCAGGCUACGGCAGCGGCUCAAGCAUGACCCCAGUAUUGGACAUUGUUGCAGCGACGAGGGUGUACGGGGGUCGACCAAUUCCAUGGACCACGUUGAACGAAAGCUUGCUACCAUUCCCAUCGGAGCAGCUAGUGGAAACCGCAAGUCUUACCGUCGAGACAAGAGCAAUGAGUGCUGCGGCGGACUGUGUCCUCUUGGGGCCGGACCAGUUCAAGAUGGUUAACUCGGGCAAUGGACUGGAGUUCUCCCUGACCGACCGUGGUUGUUCUGUAACCUCGCAGUUCUUCACCCCGGAAGUCUACCCGCGAGUGCGGGACUACAUACGGACAUACACCUACUCUACCUGUCCUUCGGCCUACAAUCGCAGUCGCAUUGUCGCAAUCUCGGCACACAACGGCAACGAAAGUGACCACAUAAUCACGAACAUCUUUGGAGUCUCUUGCAUUCCGAUAUACUUUCAGUAUGCUACGAACGCAACACUCGAUACAUCGGAUGUCACCCAGAGUGAAGUUCGACACACUAGUCACCACUCCAUCACGCCGCUCCCGGAGAGACCCCUGUUCGCCGUUCUAUUCGAGCGAGGGAUCAACCAGGCGGAAAACGUCGACCCCUUUCUCCCGAUCUACUCCACCAACUUCGGGCGUGUCAUCUUCCACUACGGCAAAACCUUAUCCAAUCUCCCAUACCUUGACGGCGACAUUCUGCAAACCGCCAUGCAAGAUCUUUUCCCUACAACAUUUGCCAUCAUGGCCAACACAUUUCUUAUCUCAGACGGACCGCCAGAGACCGCGCGAGCCACGUAUUACCAGCCAAGGACGAGGGUUCGUGUCGUCGUCCCCGUGGCGGGUACGAUAAUAGGAAUCCUUGCCGUGAUACUCGGCUUUCUCGUGUGGAUAUACAUCUACACAUCGAACAGACAGUCCAUACUCUACGAGGAGCCAAUCGGUCUUCUCGGAGCGGCUGCAGUGCUGCGCCGGAGCAACCUAUUCAACGACAUUGCGCAAAUCGCCGCUCAGUCGCGCGAUGGCAAAGUGGCAGCGGACUUCCGCGCUGCGCUCGCACGCAGUCGGGAUCGACACCACGAUCCUGGCGGUUGGGCGUUCGACGAGUGGACGGAUCCUAGUGCUGCGAGGGUGGUCAGCACGGAUCAGUCGGAGGAGUUCGGGGUCACGCGACCUGUGUUGGAGCCCAUGCGUACACUGGUACGGUUCUUGAACUCGGUCCUUCGUUGA